CGAAAGGCAUUGUGGUCUAGAUCCGCCCGGAAAGAUUGUUUUAAAGUGUAUCUUGUCAUUCAAGGAUUUAAAACCCCGUUUUUACACGUUGUUUAGUGGUUACGUGUCAUAUUGAUGCACAGUCAGUUCUAGCUAUUUCUCGACGUUUUGAAGCAACACGUUGGUAAAGGAUUUAUUAACUUUUUGAGCACCACUAUAACCUCAAUCUCCCAGGACUUGAUGCUCGCUGCCAUCCUGAUCACUUUAACCCAUUGAUGACCCCAUCUCGUACUGGGCCAAGAUGAAAGCUCUGAUCCUAGUCGGUGGCUAUGGGACUCGACUAAGACCUUUAACCCUCAGUGUGCCUAAACCACUGGUGGAGUUUGCCAACAAACCCAUCCUUCUGCAUCAAGUUGAAGCCCUGGUCAAGGCUGGAGUUAACCAUGUGAUCCUGGCUGUCAGUUACAUGUCCGAUCUGUUGGAGCGAGAGAUGAGGGUUCAGGAAGAGAGGCUUGGUAUUAGAAUCUCCCUGUCACAUGAGAAGGAACCCCUUGGAACAGCCGGGCCUCUUGCUCUGGCCAGAGAGCUGCUAACGGACAACGACGAGCCAUUCUUCGUCCUCAACAGUGACGUAAUCUGUGACUUCCCCUUCGAGGACAUGUUAAAGUUCCACAAGCACCAUGGCAGAGAGGGGACCAUUGUGGUGACCAAGGUAGAGGAGCCGUCGAAGUAUGGCGUGGUGAUGUACGAGGUAGAGAGCGGACGCAUCCACCGAUUUGUGGAGAAACCCCAGGUGUUCGUCUCCAACAAGAUCAACGCUGGGAUGUACGUCUUUAGCCCAACCAUGCUCAAGAGGAUCAAGCUCAGGCCCACCUCUAUUGAGAAAGAGAUCUUCCCGUUCAUGGCUGAGGAGAACCAUCUCUACGCAAUGGAGCUACAGGGGUUCUGGAUGGACAUUGGUCAGCCUAAGGACUUCCUGACGGGGAUGUGUAUGUACCUGCAGUCUGUACGACAACACACACCUGACAGACUGAAGACUGGGCCUGGGUUCCUGGGUAACGUGCUGGUGGAUCCCACAGCCCAGAUAGGGGAGAACUGCACCAUCGGGCCCAACGUGACCAUCGGGGCGGGGGUGGUGCUGGAGGACGGGGUCAGGAUUAAAAGGUGUACGGUACUGAAGGGGUCAAGGGUCAGAUCACACUCUUGGCUCGAGUCCUGCAUCGUAGGGUGGAGCUCCUCCGUAGGACAGUGGGUGCGUAUGGAGAAUGUGACCGUCCUCGGGGAGGAUGUUAUUGUGAACGAUGAGCUCUACCUCAACGGUGCCAACGUACUUCCUCACAAGUCCAUCACCGACUCAGUGCCUGAACCGCGCAUCAUCAUGUAGUUCUAGAACAACAGACAGGCCACCAGCGCUUUCUUAGAACCGGGCCUCAAGCGCUUGAAGUGCCACAGAGAUGGGUUUCUAGUAGUACCUGGGUGCCGUUCCGAUUCUGCUGACAUUCUACCCCUUGUCCUCUGUCAUAUGCUAUAUGUUUAGCACGGAGGAGUGGAAUGAAGGCAGAAACAGACUAGUACCCAGGCCAGGAUCUGGGUCGUGGGGGCUUACAUUUUAAACCAAGGACAACUAGCUAGCUAUGGCCUGGUCUAGAAUCAAUUCCUAGCUCCUCCACCCUAGACUCUUAAGUAGAUCUGAAACAGUUGGUUAGUUGAGGUCCACGCAGUAUUAUAGUAGCAUCACCUUGCCUUCUGGUGGGUUAGGGGGUGUUUUUAAACACUUCUCUUUUUCAAAAUACAUGUUUGUGCUUCAAUGAGGCAAACCUGUAUAAAUAAAGGAUCAAUUUUUGCCAUAUUGCUGACCCCUAUCCAAUCCUCUUAUAUGUACACUAGGGGUUGAUUCUGGCUGGUUAGGGGUUGAUUCUGGCUGGUUAGGGGUUGAUUCUGGCUGGUUAGGGGUGGAUUCUGGCUGGUUAGGGGUGGAUUCUGGCUGGUUAGGGGUGGAUUCUGGCUGGUUAGGGGUUGAUUCUGGCUGGUUAGGGGUUGAUUCUGGCUGGUUAGGGGUGGAUUCUGGCUGGUUAGGGGUGGAUUCUGGCUGGUUAGGGGUGGAUUCUGGCUGGUUAGGGGUGGAUUCUGGGCUGGGCUGGCUGUUUUAGGGGUUGAUUCUGGGCUGUCUGGUUAGGGGUGGAUUCUGGGCUGUCUGGUUAGGGGUGGAUUCUGGGCUGGCUGGUUAGGGGUGGAUUCUGGGCUGGGCUGGCUGGUUAGGGGUGGGUUCUGGGCUGGUCUGGCUGUUUAGGGGUGGGUUCUGGGCUGGUCUGGCUGUUUAGGGGUGGGUUCUGGGUUGGUCUGUUUUAGGGGUUGAUUCUGGUCUGGGUUGGGUUGAUUCUGGGUUGGCUGUUUUAGGGGUUGAUUCUGGGUUGGCUACCUGCCAGUAUGGUGGUAGAAAUAGAUAGUCAGGGUCUGAAAUGGCACCCUAUUCCCUAUGUAAUGGCCUACUUCUGACCAGAGCCUUAAGGGCCCUAUUCCCUAUUUAGUACACUACAUUUGACUGGGGGCUCUGGUUGACAGUAGUGCACUAAAUAAGGAAUAUGGUGCCAUUUGGGAUGUUUAUGCUCUGAUUCCAACCUUUUCUUCUGCUGCCAGUCUACUGGCUCUACUGUUGAUUUGAUUUGGACCCUCAUUGGUCAAUAGAUUUGUUUAGAUCUUAAGGAUUCUGGUUAAGCUGAUCAUUUAGACGCAACAGUGUCUGUAAAACUAUCCCCUUUGUGAGCCGUUCCAUUUAAUUUCAUAAUCACAGGAUACUCUUAAGUCCUUCUUCGCAUCCUGUCUCCUGCUUUGUUUCUGAGGGGAAAGGAUGUGAGGAAUCAAGGAAGCACUUUUGAGAAUCAUUCAAACCCUAAACAUAUUAUUGCCUGUCUUUCUUUUUUUUAAGAGGAAUUGUUUUGUCAGUGACUGAUCCCAUUGUAUUUUCCCCCAAGACCACUAGAGUACUGAGAUAGAGAGUUAAACGUCCAGAUUGUAAAAUAUACAUCUUUCUCUUCUAAAGGUGAGCGGUAGGUUUGAAUAUUCCCGUUAACUUUCCUCAAAUUUGCCUGUUUUCUAGAAAUCCUUGUUUAGAAUAUUCCUGGAAUUACAAGGGAAUAACUAGGAAAUCCAGCCAGGAUUUUGAUGAAAACCCAUGGAAUUUUUGCAGAAGUUAGCGGAAUUUUGCGACUCGGUUGACGUAAAGAUUUUUCUUCAAUGUAUCCCUUGUCCAACCGAUUAGUGAUGUGUCAAUCACCAUGGAAGCGAUUAGUGGACCUGUCAAUCAAUCAAACAGUAACUACUGAUGAUGUCACAAUCAAGUGAACUCCUUUUUAAUUAAGUAGUUUUAUCAUAUUAAUAUAAUGAAUUGAACUUGUUUUUUGUUUUUCCCCUAAUUUUUCUAUCACAAUUGUCUAAUGUAUGUAAUAUUGUUUGAGAUUUAUUGAUGAACAAGCUCAAUAAAAGUGAGAAAUGUCUCUCAAACACAUCUCUACCUUA